GCCGCCGUGACACAGCUUGCCGCUCUGUCUUCGCUUUUACUCGGUUAGUAAAAACGGUACCUGCCUUUCGAAUUGCACGGCAACUAUUUCGUGCAAUAAAUUGUCACGAAAUGAAAUGAAAGGAGCGAUUCCGCUGGUAUCGCAUUACGCCCAAGAAAUAUUCGAUUUCGUUGCUACUGUUAUCACAUCGAUGAAUAAGUAAAUGUAUUUGUGUCCGAGUAGGAACGGUGCGAUUCUACUUCGAGGCAGGGAAACUGAAAUCGUGAAAUACGUUUGAAUGGAAACACUUUUUGAAAUGCAUAUAGAAUCUGCGUGUGAUAACGAUUGAUUAGUCUGAAUAUUUGUAUAAUUCUAAUUGGAAAGCGAGAAAGCAUACAAGUUGGUUUUUUGGAAAAUUAAUAUUCGAAAUUAUUUGAAAUCGAAUAAGCUUCUUAUUUAAUUUCAUGGAUUUCUGCGUUCGGAUUCGGGCCACGGUUAAUCGGAAUUAGGAUCUCUGUGUAUAAAGAUCUUGCGGUUUUACAGGUCAAGUAUUUUUUCUUAUUAUCAAAAUUGAAUGGCGUUAUAUAAAUUUGCAAGGCUACCGUGAAACAUUCGUUCGGGCGCGAAAGAUCUUCACAUUAUAUAUUUUACGUUUCUAUAAUAUCCUCAAAUAUAUUCCAGCAAAUAAUGGGAGUGUGAAUCAGAAGAUAUAAAUAUCUUCCUGGUGAAUAAAACGAAGACAGCUAUCUAUACCUGGAGACAGAUCAUAUGUAAAUAUACCUGCCACUCUGAUCUACAGCCACUGUAACAGAAAUAAAAUAGGAACGCGUUGUAUUAUAUUAACCAAGUAUCUGGAGCGAAAGAUCAAAUGCUUACUUUUCAUCUUCUCUUUUGUCGCUGAUAAUUUGUAACUGAUUGUCACUGAAAUGUUGCUUUCUCAAUUACGCGUUUGGAAGCAUAUUCUUCGAGUAGUAGCAUCCAAAAACAUGCGUAAUUGUUACGAGACAAUUAGUUAACCGAUUAUACACGUGUGUCGUUUUUCCAAUCAAUUAUGACGAUCGGUCGUCGUAUAUCGAUCCAGCAUUUCUUCUUCUUUCAUUGCGAAUUAUGUACACAGUUAUCGAGAAAGUUGACAUCUCGAAUACCAAUUUCGUUCAUUAACAAAGAUAAAACUUGCUACUUGUACUGGAACGACGCAACUUUGUUCGUUCAAACGAAAAUCUGUUUACUGGAGAAACUAACUUCGCGUUUCCUAAUUUUUUGACGUACAACAGAAUGCUUCGACGUGCUUCAUCGUGUACCUUAAUAGAAGGGGAAACUUUGUUACUAAAACCUUUUAGCCCUAUAUACGAAACUAUCCUUAAUCCUCGUUACCUAGUCAGCGAGUCAAAGUUGUAUCGAAUCGCAUCGAGUUAAGACGACGAGACGCGAUGGAUAAACCGACGAAAGGUGAAAAGCAAUUACAACGGUUAUCGGGCGAGUGUACGCUGGAAAACGACGAAAACCCGCAAUUGCUGCUGGAUAACAUUGGCGCGCUCUCUGUGAAGCUUGGCUCGAGUAAACGUCGGUAUUCGGUAUCAGAAAUCAGGCGUCGAUAAGAACGAAUUCACGUGAAUUAUGAAACGAGAUAUCGUAUCAGCGCGGUAACGACGAGAAAUGUCCAAGUAACAUCGAUCGCCCCGUAUACGAAGAUGAAUGGACUUGGCUUUACGAUUCGUAUUGGUUUGGUCGACCGAAAAUCCCUUUGAUCGCUUUGGACGAUGACGUCGAGGAAUCUUUUACUUGCUCGUUCUCACUUUAGAGGUCGAUACAGGUUCGGACAAUUUCUUUCGAUGGACCAUUCCUAUUUGUCCGGGAAGAGUCCAUACGUCAAAUAGAAUGACAAAUCACCUUCUUUGCACGUUUUGAUCAAUAUGUCUCUUAUCGAUGCGUUUGUUUGCAGUACGACUGGCUAGUAAUCAGUUUCUCAGUCGCACAGAAAUCUCAUGCAACGAAGCUAGAUACGAGAAACAGUCGCAGUCUUGAAAAAUAAACCAAUGUUAGGUAGCAGCUUUUUCCUGUUGAGGAUGUCCCUUUUCCUGCGGAGGAAGUACGCUCAAGUGCAGUGUCCGUAAUCCCAGAGCGAAUUAAACGGCAGAAGGACUCAAUGAUGUUUUUAUACGGCGUCUAAAUAACUUACUACAGAUUGUAAGACAAUCCUCUCGUAAUUCAUUUUUCCAUAAAGACAUCGUGUAUCGAUGUUACUCGGUUAAUCUCGAAGCAAACGAACGAUUUAGGCACUCUAGGAAUUCGCGGUAACUCAGAAACGUUUUCGCAUAAAUCUGAAUCCGCUUUUCAACUGUAGGAAAUUUCGUUCUAGAACAAUAGGAAUCUCACGUACGCGCGACCGAAUAUACGAUCAAGAUCCAUACACUCAAGAAACUCCUGUUCUGUGUGACGUGCGCGGUCCGAUUAGUAUCCUAAUAAGAUCUUCCUACGUGCUUCGUUAACUUUGCGCGCUGACAAAUUUUAUUCCGGCUGACGUGGAAACGCGUUUAAUCCCGCGAAAGUCGUUGCCAUAAAAAUUCAGUCGUAGGUCACGACGUAUCUCAGAGAUGCAUGAAAAAUGUUGCUAUUUAACGCAGGUGUUAGAUCAUUCCUGCAUGAACUCUGUCAGGCACAGGACCAAAGGCAGAUGCAAAAAGUGUUCCACCUUUUUCUCAUUUUUCACCCAUAUUCCCCUGCUUCUCUUUCUUUCCUUCCUUACUUAUGCCGAGUUUCCAGCGACAUACAGACAUGUAGUGUAUCGCGUAACGAUUAUUUUUCUUCGAUAUAGCUUGUGAUCUAUAUGUUUGAAAAUAUUUAUUUAUUUAAAAAAAACCUUUUUUUUUACCGCGUGUCUGACAAAUUAACCAUACUCGUCUUAGGUGAAGAAGAACGUAUCGUCUAGAAAUACAUUUUCCAAAUUUGGAAAUAAAUAGAGGAGAAACCGGUUUUGAAAGAGAGAGUAACAUGGAAAGCAAAUCGCAGGAGUGAGCAUACCAUCGCUACCGUUGAGAAAUAAGCAUGCUUCUUUUUUUAGACAAACCGGCUAACUCGGCAGACCGCAGGGUGUAAGCCCUCGUUUUGAAUAUGGAUGGCAGUUCCCUUUUUCGGUACCGUCUCUCGUUUCUCUCACUCGCUCGCUCAUUCUACUCGACUCGCUCUCUCUUCCUUCUCGUCUAUUUCUCUUAACCCUCAUUCCGGCCUCCCCUGCUACAAAAUUAACUCGCAUUCCGAGCUCCCUUUGAUGUUACACAAAGUGUCACUGACCAUCGUCUAUGUUUGCGGUGCAACUGUGCGCAUGCAUGUAUAUGUAUCAAAUUCGGUACACUUGUAUUCACUUACUGGAUUAACGAUACAUUCCUUUAUCCAUUCUUACACGAUUCGUUUACACUUGUAGACAAAUCUUCUCAGCCUUAAGCGUUAUUUUUAAAUGAUAUGGAACAGCGGUUUUUGCUGGGAUCAUGGUCCUCCGGGGACUCACAAAGUCCUUACGCACGCAAGUUAUUACUAUAUUAUUUGAAUAAAAAAUAUUUAGUACGUGUAUUUAUUUAUUUAUUUAUGUUUUGGUGAAUCUCUUCUCUCAAAAUUUAAAGAUUGUCGAUGAGCAUUUUCUUCAUUUAUUAAUGCAGUUUCAACCUCCGUGAGAAGAUAUCGUUGAGUAGUUUUAAACACACAUAUUUGGCACAUUACGCAUUUUAAUUUCGUAUCAAGUCCUGAGGGUCCGUGACAAAAAAAAUAUUAUUCAAAGGAGGUCCGUGGUAGACAAAAGAACGUUAACAACCGCUGGUGUAGAGUAUGCGCGAGUGACGCGAAUUAUACGACUACAAAAUAUGCAUGUAGAAUUUCGGAGGAUUCGUACAUCUGCGCGCGCGCGCGUGAUGCUUGGACGUCAGCACAAAAACAAGCAGAAAUGGUUAUUUAAGAGAUCGAGACGUAAGAGAAUUCGCCAAGCUCACAUUCGACCAUAAGUUUAUUCUCGAUAUGCACAUAUAUUUUACUUUUUGAAACGUUAUCAAUUUUGCUUGACUUUCAAUUCAACAAAUAAUAUUGUUUGUUUAACCUGUGUGUUUAAGAAUCGUAAUUUGUAGAGACACAUUGCCAGUGACAUGUGUCGCCGUGUAACGUGCACGUGUUACAUGCAUUGCAUUGGCAUCCGCAUGUACAUUUCCUCGAGGAACGUGUUUCGGAAGGAGACGAAGCUAUUUCGUAAUUGCUUUGCUUCCUUGAUGACUCGAUCCGAGAGUAAAACCGAGUGACCUGUUCAUUCCUGAUAUGAACCAGUGACUUAUGUCAGUUUCGAGACUUCUGCAAACCUUAGAACUUUCGAUUCGAUCAUUUCUCUGAAUACUUUAAUAGAAACGUUUCACGUUUCGAUCGAUCCACACCACCAAUGGCCAACUAUACUAUUUGCUUCAAAAUUACCUUUUAAUGGAGCCGAGAAGAAUAAAAAGUAAAGUACGACGAAAUCGGAUUGUCCGUGCUCCGCUUGUCUUGAGCGUGACAUUAAGUACAGAAGAUUGAACGUAUUAAGUUCUACACCUCCCAGGCUUUCUGCGACACGCGAAAUGAGCCUUAGAAAAUUAUUACUACGUGUAAUGAGUCAUUUAGACCAGCUACUAACUACUACCAUGUAAGUGAUGGCGCAUUCGUUUAAUCAUCGGAUUUACUGUAUUAACUUAAUUGCUUUCUUCCUUCAUUCUACGACACGAUACCUUCGUUUGUAAUUACUAGCAUCUUGCAAUGGGUCGGUGUAAAGGAAAAUGGAAACACUUGUGCAACCGUGACAAAGUAAAAGCAUUUCUUUCUUUUAAUUUGCUAUUUCACCCGAGAACGGGCUUCGAGUAAUCGUACAAUUUUUUAAAAAACCGACGCAACUGCACGGUAUUCGCGAUUACUUGUAACUUUUGUCGAUCAAUUUCAAAGUUAAAUCGACAAAUUGUGAUGGCUGUUCUGUUCGCCGUCCUACUAUUUUCAUAACGUUACAUGCAUACCCGUCAGUAGCAAAUUUAAUCUUCGAUGAAGACGUAUUGUUCGACUCGAAUACGAACGAACGAAUCGAACUCACAGCAGUUUAACUCUAUUGUAUCGAAUAUUAUAUUACAUGCAGCCACGUUUCGGAACAAAUCCCUGGCGAAUAUAUUACCAUGGUGAUUUUAUUCAGCUGCCACUAUUUUUUCUGUCGUUUCACGCCAUCGCUGAUGAUAAUGAAAGAUCGGAUCGAAUGCGUCUUCACUCGCUGCUUUCAUCGAUAUUCGAUGUUUUUCUAAAAUGGCCCCAUGGGUAGGACGACAGCGUUCGUUUGCGGAAUUUAAUUCGUUAUUAAACGUUAGAUAUUGCGCAAGCACCCUCGUUGGCUGACGCGUAAGAAAGGCAACGACGCGCGUCGUACAGAUGUGUAACCGGUAGCUGUUUAAAUUGGACGCAUACAUGGCACAUCAUACAGAAAUUCGUUCCCCAGAGGCGAAGUUAACAGCGGCGGAGCAACACGGCCCCACAGGAAAUUCUCUUACCGAAUGGAUCAUGAGAUGCAUCUACCACGGACGAACCUCUGAUAAACACCGUGAAAAUUUUCCCUAACGUUGUCUAAAUAUUGUCGGAUGAUUCUUCGGAUAUCUACCGUUUUUCCAUCAUUUUGUGAUACGGUCCGUGGCCUUGAUGGAAUUUGUCCUGCAGCUGGCCCAUUUACAAUUUCAUCGUUUGCUAUUUAUUUUACUAGAAACGUCCCUGUGGAAUUUGCAUUCCAACAAAUAUCCCGAGCCACCUAUUGAGUAAAUGGAUGAUCGAAAUAUCGUAGGGCUGAAUAUGACGCGUGGUUCGAUGCGAUCAAUUUAAAUGUGACAAACCAUCGUUAUGCAUACAUCUAAAAGGCUAAUAUCGGAUCGCCCGUGGUCAACUAAGUUGCGCGAGAAAUACGUUCUACGUAAUAACUUUUCAUCUAUACGAAUACGAUUGAUACGAAUUGAAAUCACAUGCAGGUUAAACUUCCAUUUAAUUCGAUAUGCGUAGCGUGAUUGCAAGUUUUUAGGAAUAUCGGAAACCAGUUUGCGUGACCGCAACGGAUUAAGAAAAUAUAUAAAUGGAAAAACUUUUUGCUACACAAACUUCUCUCCUCGUUUUCUUUAUUUUCAUCGUUUUAACUUUCGUAGUACGAUGCUGCUAUAUAAUGGCGGAGACAGCGUGCAAUUUUAUCCUCAAGUCUGUCGCGUCUUCUGCUCGACAUCCUCGUUCUAUUACUUUUAUGAAUGCGUCCUCCUCUAUUUCAUUUAAAUUUUAACCUGCCCGUGGCUUUCAUUUUAACAUUCGCAUUAUCACAUCCUCGAGUUUCUUGAAAUUUCAGGUUCGAUCUUCGCCCGUUCGAAUUCCGGUCGGUUUUAGAUUAAGCAAAUCGCUCGCCAUUUAAAUUUCCAACGCUUCUUUCUUGUUUUGUAAGGAAUAUGCUUUCUAGUAAGCUUGUCAAUAUCGUGAACGAAGAUGAAUCGCCCUGUCGAAUAUGUCGCGAAAGACGUCGAUAAAAAUUUUUAAAAGGAAGGAUCGAUGAUCAAUAUGGAUAACACUGCGCGAAUCUUUGCAUCGAAUGUAAUUAGUCUCAUCCAGUUACUGUAAAUUCGAUUUAUUCGCCCGUACGAAAAUUUUAGCCGCAAAUUUUCUCUGUUCCCGGAUGGAACGGUGACCCUCUCCGAAAUUGUGAGAAAAUGUAAAAAAAUCUCAUUCACGAGCAAACGAAUUUCACGGUUACAUGACCUUAUGUCGAGGUGCAGGCAUUUUAACGAGCACCUGACAUUUUUAGUGAUACAUAACCGCGAUAAAAUUGGUUCGAUCCGCAAAAUUGACCAAUGUGAUCUUCUCACUCCAGUUGCUGUAACAAGUAAAAGUUACUCUAACAAUUUCGCAAAGAACGUGAUCUGCACGCUAUAUGUAACACUCUUUCAUUGAGUAAUUAACUAAUCAACCGCGACCGGUAUAGCGAAAAAAGUGUUUUCGCUGAACGACAAUAGCCAUUAUUGCUUUUUUCAAUAAUCGACGGAACAUCGAUUCCUGAAGGCCACCGGUUGAAACGAAUGUGACGACCGCAAAACCGGCUGUUCCUAGUUUGGCGAGGCGACCGAACUUGAACGAUCUCGAACUUGUUUCAUGAAAAUCUAGUAGAGUAGGCGAUAAAAAAUAUGCUACAAAUACCUCCUUGGCAACAAAUUAAUUCCUUUCCUCCUACCUUUCUUCCUGUCUGACGCGUACGGAGUUCUAAGUCCAUGCACCUCGAAAGAGGAGAAAAUCUAGUUGAAGAAUGUACUUGAUCUGAGAGCCUUUUUAGCUCUUAAUGGGGUGUGAGAUGAAUGUCUCUUUGGCGUCUCAAAGAGAGAGAAAAAAAAAUGGCGAGAACAGUACAGCCCAUAUCUGGCUCAGAUGAGCGCGCCAGAAUUAUAUCGAGAAAUAAAAAAUAAAAAAAUACUCUAGAAAUAAAAUAUCGUAUUUACGCGUAAACUCUGGGAAUAUUUGGACAGCUGUGACACACUGUUGGUUCCCAUCGAGCAUGAAACAUAACCGUGAUUUGAAAAAAAUAUCAUAAAUGUUACGUAAAAAACCGCCAAGAUUUUGAUAUCGGAUAUAGGACAAACACGUGGUAAUUCUACGAGGUACUAUAAAUAAAAAUUACAGGCGAUCCAUAUUUUUAUUGUACCAAUGUUGAGAAGUUGAAAUAAGAAUUUGAAUUUUAUUAUCCCUUUGUGUAAUAAAAUCUGAAGAGAGGAAGAAUAUUGAUUAACUAUUCUUGAUUGUGUAAUUUAUAUGACUUUUGCGUAAGAAGAUAUGUUUUAAAGGACGGAGAAUUAUGCAAUUAUUAGAAUUAUUUUAAUUGAUCCAAGCAAAUAUUUCUUAUAUAUUUAUUUCAUAUAUACUGAAUAUUUCAAACAAAACUUGUUGUUUCAAGGAGAACGUUUUCUGGUAAUUCUUCGAGAUGUCUGUAAAUUUAUGCAUAUCUCAAGGUGAUCCCUGUUUUCUUAAAUGGAACUACACAUUAUUUUCUAUACAUCAUUCGAUGUAGCUUUUGAUCUUUACAAAAAGGUAUUAAAACAUUGGUAUCUGAAAAUGCCUAGUUUAAAAGAUUUCAAUGUUAAUUUCGUCAAACUGUGUGCAUGAAAGACAAUGGAAACACAAAUAUGAAAGCUUUCUACGUUAUCUUUCCUUGUUUUUUAUACGAUAAAUUUUACAAGAUUCAAGGAGAUUAAAAAAUAUAUCGAAUAAUGUAUAAAGAAAGAAGAAUAGUUUCACUAAAAAAAAAAGAAAGAACAAACACACAUCCAUUUAGAUGAGAUUUGUUACCACCGUAAGAUACCCUCAUCGAAACAAAGUAAGUUUCAUUUGACUCAUAUUUCCGAAUAAACUAUAGUUUACGAGAUAUUUGUACGGAUCGAUUAGAUCGAGCCAUCCUAUGUAACCGAUAAAUACAGAUGAAAUGAAACUAUAAAAAGGGCAGUAAACAUGAUGCGAACACGAUAAAAUUAAUAGAGUCAGGGUGUCGAGUUCGAACGUUGACAUUUUAAAAUGGAACAUGAGAACUAUAUAAAGAUGACGAGAAGUUGGAGAAUGCAGUUUUAUAUGAAAGUAAUAAAAACGAGAUAACCAUCGAUAUAUAAGUACUGCAGAUGAAUGAAACGAUAUAAUGUAGGCGUUGAUAUUUUCAAUAUCGACUACUCGACAUUGGAUUAAUAACAGCACCGAUAACGAUUACGAGUUGUAAUCCAGCCACUGAUUAAUUAACGCUACUAAGCCGGAUCCUUUUCAGGGAAAAUGUCGUUCUACUCAUCCAUUUAAUAUCUAUCCAUGAGAAUAGAAAGAUGAUUUGGGAAAAAUAUGAACAAAAAAAUAUAUGUUUCUACCGGAAUGUCUAACUUUUCGUGUGUAUGAUUAUUGUAGAAUACAUAUCCAGUCGGAACGCAACGUUGAAGUUUUCUACUUACCAAUAAAAUGAAAACCGAGGAAAUCCAAGGAAAUUCGAGAGAAACAAUAUAAUAGACUUUUAGAAGCUGAUAUUACGAUUUAACUGAAUAUUGGUUUUUCAAAGAUAGCCAUGGUUAGUUAGGUAUAAUCGUAUGCUGCAACAGUACCAACUGUUAAUUAGCAGGGACAAUAGGUUUGUAACAAUAAAAGGUCUUUCUCGUCGAUGACAAUGGUCACUCUGAUCAACUUUGUUCGCGAUCAAAGUGAAAUUCGCAAUUUAUAUUGGACGAUCGCGUUAACUAAUGCUAAUAAUACUUAUAAUUCUUUCUACUCGGUAAUGUUUGGUCUCCUAAUAUGUAUUUGACCUGGAAGUUUCAAGGAACUAGGUUAACUUCUUCCUUUUUUGUUGUAGAUUAAUUAAAUAUUAUUCAUUGGACUCUUCAUCGUAAUAUCAAUUAAAUGAUAUUGUUAGAAAUUUUAUCAGAAAAUUUUUUUUUAUAAUCGAUUGAUGGUUAUGUAAAGAUUGCUAUCUAUUAAUCAAACCUAUUGAAUUCCUUGUUACUUUUCCACGAAUUUAAUUAUACGUAUUUGUAUCGUAAUUUCAGAUAUGUAAUAAUAAAGGACUUUUUCUGAUAUAGCAUGAUUAUAGAGUGAGAAAAUGAGAAAAAUUAAUCAAACAAACUAGGCCGUAUUGCAAUGAAAUGUUCAUGUGGUUGCAUUCUGAGCGUAUUUAAUUAUCUCGCUUUCAUAUGAUGAAGUUCGUAAAUAAAAAACAAUCGCGCAAGUUUAAUAUGUAUAUCGAAUCAUUUCAAACAUCGUUGUGGUUUUAAUAUCCGUUGCUUUAAAUGAACGUAACUCUUCCAUUAGCUUUUUUACUUGUUUUACUUGCUUUUAACAUAAACAUCGACGACGUUUAAACAAUGGACUUUUGAUUAUCUUUGAAUGACCUUCUACCAUUCACGAUAAUUUACUAUUAAUUAUUGUAUAUCUAUCGUUAUCUAUCAAACACUCGCGUUCGCGUACAACAGAUAAUCCCAAUUACCAUUUUUAUGAUUGACUUUAUCUAACGUUAUCUAAUUUUAUUAUCCCUCUAGAAGAUAAUCUUUUUCACAAUCGAUUUGUAAUACGAUGAUAAAUAUUUGUUUAAUCUAUUGAAGGGAUUUAAAGACUUCUAUUUAGAUUUCAAAUAAAUAGCUUUCGCUACUCAGACAGAAAGUGAUUUAAAGUUUUAAAGGAAUAAGAUUAAUUGCAUAUUCGAAGGUAAUAUUUGCUAAUUUUGGUCGGCGCUUGAGUGUCGAAGAUAAGAGAAAUAGUUUCUCGUCGAAUAAAAUCCCGACUUAAUGCUUCGCAACCUUAGCAUUAACGAACUGCAAAGAUCGAAGAAGAUGUAAGAGAUUUUACUAAGUACGUUCGCCGUUCAUCUUCCAUAAAUUAUAGGGCGCGUUACGUACUGUACAUUUCUAUAAAUGAUAUUCCCUAAUUGCACCGAGAUCAUUUGCUCGUUCAACGUUAUCAUUUAUAAUAAUUCAUUAAUGGAUUCUCUCUGAAAACUAACUGAGAUUCCUGUGACAAAUAUUUGGAAUGAAAACAAUGUCUUGAUGAAUAAGUACACUCUUGGAUCUCGCAAAAUGAAUUUCCGUAAAUUACUUGCAAUUUACAUUUAAUUUUCACUGACACGUUUACACACACAGUGCCGCACAUUUGCGCUGAAAAUCCACUGCCAUUACGUAAUAAUAAAUAUUUAAUAGCUAAUAUUCGAAUACACUGAAUUAAUUGAAUCGGCUAACUACACUAAUACAUUCAAAGCUAACUCAUAAUCAAUUGAUCAGUGCCUGAAUAGAAACUGAUAAAAUUAUUAGUCUUGUCGGCUAGAUGAACGAACAGGAUUUAUACUUCAAGUUAUCGACACUUUUAUACGGAAUUGAAGGUCGAACAUAUAUAAGUGUGGUCGACAUAUAAUUUUUAUUACCAUCUCUAUUGCCUCUUUAAAAAUCAACGAACGUACACCUUUUAUGGUUUUGCUACAAACCUUAUAAUACCCUUAUAUCCUACGAUUGCGAACUCCUCCGUUUCAAAGCGUUCAUCGAAGGUCGAAUGGUUCCAGAUAAAAUGAAUGGAUGUCGACAAUUACUAAGAAAAGUUAUGAAACAUAAAGCAGAAGGAGGAAAUUUUACAGCGAGUAUAAAUUAUUGAAAGCCUAAAGGACGCGUUAUUCAUUAAACACGUCGUAAAAAUGAUAAAUUUCUUGCUUCUUCGGUGAAACAAACAGCUCGUUCAGAUCUUUAAUUUUGUCGCAAAGUAAAAUACAAAGUUUCACUCAAACUCCUAAGUUUGCCGUUACACGUGUGAAAAUAUAUCAGAUUCAUCGUAUAUCUGGCAAUGAACCUGUCAUAGAAAGAGAAAGGCGUCCAUCUACAUGAUUUACCAGAUCCAGUUUCGUACCUGAUCUGGAAGACGUACAAAACCAGGAGCAGUGGAAAAGAUGCGAGUUACAGCUUUUCUCCCGCUUCCUAACUAUAUAAGAAAGUUGAUGGCAGUGAUCGACCGCAGACUAUCUUUGCGCGUGGUUAUACUUACAAUUUCUUUCUCGCACUUCGAAACGUGCAAAAAGAUCAAAUGAAGAAACUGAUCGUAUUCGUGUUGAUGGUUGUGGUUGUCGCUGCGUAUAAGAAAGGAAGAAGAUACAGUGCCUUGGAAGAGUUUCCGCCUUAUCAAGAGACUGGUUGGCAUCCAUCUUCUUCUCACGGGCAACAUCAUUCAUUUCGAGAGCCAUCGUUUAAAACGCAAUACUACCAAUCUUAUCGACAUCGUCCAUAUAGACAGGAUUUGGAUUCUUUUCCGGAGCAACUGCCUCUCAAGAACCGAUUGUUGUUGCGAGAUUACGAAUUACUGAGAAAUCGACUAUUUUACGAUAACAGUUCGUCUUUUAAGAAUGCUCCGGACUUCCAUAGACAAUAUUCGGUCCUUACGAAUGGGACACCGUUUAGGAAUCAACAAAACAGAGAUCAGACGGUUUCUGGAAACGAACAGCGACCCGAAUAUCAAGACGAUCGAUAUUCCUCUUACCGGCAAUCUUUCCGCGAUGAUUUUCGAUUUGCGGACCUGUACGAUAAACCAAUUGACUUUUACAAAGGACAAUCAGGACAGCAACAGGUUGAUUCAGUUGGUAGAGAUUCGGAGUAUUUGAAGCAUGGUAACCAUGGUCUUGGAUAUGUGUCUGUGCCACCCAUUUCGCCGUAUGGAAACACUCUGCCAUUGAGCGAGGAAGCAUCCACGACGAUGACACCCUCAAUGGCUCCGACAACCACCCACAAACCAUGGCAACUGUCUACUGUCUCCUCCGCAACUUCAGCUACCACCCAAGUUCAUACAUCUACAACUUCCGAGCUGGAAAUGGAUUCGCACUCGAAUACAGUGACAAUGCCAACCGUGAAAUCCGAUACGCUGGCUGACGCUGCUACCACGAGCGUAUCCGCUUCAACGAUUUCUACGAUACCAACCUCUAUGGUUACCACGAAACAGUCUUCGAACUUGGCUCGUUUACCGACCACUGAAGCUAGCUUACCUGUCAUGGACACGGAAUCUCCAAUCAUAUCUUUCGGACGACAAACCGUACCUCCAAUUGUAUUUCAACCGACUACGUUCACUUCACCGACGCCCUAUUAUCUCUCCAAUGAUUUAAAGGACAAGUUCCAGCAGUCCAUGCUUGAUUAUCUGCUAUCCCAACAGGCGAAAGAUGGUAUCAAAAGCAACGUGCAAAUUCUGCCGCUGAACCAAGCACUUCCAGAUACAUCGAACAACAGCCUAAACAACAAGAUUCCUAGCAUGGUAUUGAAUUACAUACUUCCAGAAGAAUCAAAGGGCGUUCUGAAGAACAAUUUGCAGAGUUCUCUGUUGAGCUAUCUGCUGCAGCAGGAAUCGAACCAUGGUCUACCUUUCCAACAAUCAUCUCUAUCGGAAACUGCGAAUCAUGUUCCAUUAACCACGAUAGUCGAGAGGCCAACGAUGACACUCCCAAGUAUACCGAUUGCAACUUUGUCAGUGGUUUCUCGGCCAAUGCAGACGAUAAACUACAUUCCAAUAACACCGCCAAGAGUGUCUGCUUUCGUGCCUCAAGAUUCGUCCACAUCUUCUGGCCUCUCGUUAGGUACGCCUCUGUCUUCUGGCUUAUCCUCGAACAUAUUGAGUAAUCAUAUCGGCACCACAUUCAACAGUCUACCUGGUAGAAUAAACACCGACAUAUCGGCAGGAAUACCCAACAGUCUCUCAUCGGAAGUUCCCACUGGUGUAUCAACUUUGAACUUUGGCGAAAAUUUCCAAUAUGGAGGGCAAUUGCGACCGUUUGAACCGGCGAGGACUCACUCAUAUUCCACAGAUAAAAUUGGGUCAACGCUUGUGGUGAACGUAGAAGCUAACUGGACCAAUCGGUACAAAACCACGUGUUUAUUUAUAGCGUUACAAAAUAUUCUAGCAAGUUGCCAAAGUUUAAGAAACUCUAGGUUACGCCGAGAAAUAUUUCAUAGUGUUAUUCCGUAAAUAUUAUCUCUAUAUAAUUUAAUUUACUAUUAUAAUAGAAAUAAAUAUUUGUUAAUAGAAAUAGUAAGAUUAUCAGCGUUUCUUCUCAAUCAAUUUCCGUCAACUUCAUCCGUCCAAUUUGAUUAAUCCUGUAUAAUCCAUUGCCUAUACGUAUAAUCCUUUUUAUCAUCAUUCAAUAUUGACUCUAACAUAAUACUAUUAACACAUCGUGCGUUAUCUGGGUUAUUGACAUUAUUCGAUCCAUCGUACUUUUUCAGGCAGGCUAUUUCAGAGAUCACCGGCCCAUAUCUUUCUUCUUACCACUAUAGGAAGCAUUCACUGUUUGAGGGAUAUUCGUAAAAGUCAGCCCGAACCGAUUUCGUUGUAGAUUCAAUUUGGCCAACGUUCGUACUCACUGGCCCAUGGACCAUUCUCACCGUGAAUUGCACUGACUCGAACAAAUACCACGAGGACAGCCGACUUUUCGUCUUCUAUCGAUCUCUAAAAAUCUGCAGAGGCAAGUGUUUUCUACACUGCAAAGAUACGAAAAUGAAUUUAAUAUCUUGCCACUUACCUUCCGCUAUAUUCUUCCUUCGUAAAGCUAGAACUUGUAAAAUGAAAACUCGUCUUCAAUUUAUACUAUAUUUUAUUAAUUUCGACAAGUGUCCAUGUAUUCGAUUUGUCUUAUCUCUGAUUAAUCGUGUAUGUAUGUGUCCCAUGUGUUCCAUUCGCGUGUGAAUAUGUAUAGGUAUUGCCAUCGGUACAUACAGCGUUCUGAAUAUUCAUUUCUUUUCCAUUUGAUUCGUUAUGCUUAUAUUUAGUCUCGGCAAAUUAAAGAUUUAUCUCUUACAUCUAUGCCCUGUAUAGACCAUUCGUAAUAAUUAUUAAGAAA